CUCAACACGGAAUUAAUAGCGAGCGAGAACUUGUGUCGGCGCACGUGUGGCCGGACGAAGGAGUCGCUGCCAGUCCCAUUAUCCUUUGGCAUUACUUCUGAAUCCUCAUAACCUUUGUUAUUAUAUCUUAGUCAGAAUGGGGAAGAUUAAACGUCUGCAGAAUGCUGGAGGCAAAGUGCCUCGGCCAGGCCCUCUAGCAGAGCAAAUUGAAAAGUCUGAAUAUGCACAACCGUCUGCAAGGAAGAAAGUUCGGAGCCAACGCUCUGAUGGUGACGAUGAAUUUGUAGAAGGCCAGAUGGGGCGUAGCAUCUUGAAGCAGAGUCAGGCUCAACUGCAGGAGGUUCUUUUUGAAGACAUGGAGAAGGACUUCCCACCUCUCGGGCAGCCAGUUGAGAAAUAUGAGAGACAACCUCAGAAGGUGUCCCUAAGCCGAAAAUCCAAAGAUGCCAUUGAUGACGAGGAAAGCAGUGACGAUGAGAAAGAGGUUAAUGAAAUGGAUAAUCCUGUACCUUGCAAUGUAGACAAAGUUGUGAAUGAUUUUGAGAAGGAAUUGGAUUUAGCUGAAGAUGACAUGAAAAUUCUGGAACACUUCAUGAACAAAGAUGCGCAGCCACAAAGAAAGCUAGCAGACAUGUUCCGUGAUAAAAUCACAGAAAAGCAGACAGACAUCCAGUCACAAGUGAAUGCUAGCACUGUACAGACUGUUAACCUUAGUCCAGAGGUGCAAGAAAUGUGCUCACAGAUUGGAAAUGUCCUGUCAAAAUACAGAAGUGGACCCUUGCCAAAGAUGUUCAAGGUGAUUCCAAAGAUGCGCAAUUGGGAAGAACUUGUAUACCUGACAGACCCUGACAAGUGGUCUGCUGCUGCUGUGUAUCAGGGUGUUAGAAUUUUUGUGAGUAACCUCAAGGAGCCUAUGGCACAGCGCUUCUUCAACUUGGUCCUCCUUCCUCGCAUACGGGAUGACAUCUCAUACUACAAGCGCCUCAACUUCCAUUUAUAUCAGGCUAUGUGCAAGGCCCUUUUCAAGCCAGGUGCCUUCUUCAAAGGUGUUUUACUUCCUCUGUGCAUGUCCGGUACUUGUACUCUUCGAGAAGCUAUUAUUGUUGGUUCAGUACUUGCAAAGAACCACAUACCAAUUCUGCACUCGGCUGCAACAAUACUGAAGAUUGCUGAAAUGGACUAUUCUGGAGCAAAUUCAAUAUUUUUGAGAAUAUUUUUUGAUAAGAAAUAUGCCCUCCCAUACAGAGUUGUUGAUGCUUGUGUUUACCAUUUUAUGAGGUUCCAGCAUGACCGCCGUGAACUGCCAGUUUUGUGGCACCAAGCCUUGCUUGUGUUUGUCCAAAGAUACAAGGAAGAUAUGAGUCCCGACCAGAAGCAAGCCAUCAUGGAUGUCAUUAAAUUCCACACUCAUUUCACCAUCACUGCUGAGGUGAGGAGAGAACUUCUGAAUUCCAAGUGCAGAGGUCAAGAUGAUGAUAUGCAAAUGAUGGUUGAUGAGUAGUGUAUGUGAAUGGGCAAAAAAUGAAAUAAAUAUUUAAAACUAA